UAUCUACUCGUCAAGAUAUACUAAAACAAUGUUUUAAAAUCAGAUAUAACAAAUGGAAACAGAAUAUGGACCCAACCUUACAAAAGGUAUUGAUGUGAAGCAUUGGAAUCAUAUGUUGUUACCACUUAACGAAUGUACAAGAUUGUAACAGCAGACUUGGAUGACGUCGUUAAAACGCGUCGGACAAAGACUCGCUGAUGACUUUUCCGACCAAACCAACUCCCACUUGAAACUUAAAAACAAAAACUAGCUAAACCCCUUUGUUUGACUUGGCCAACUUGACUUUUCCCUCAAACCGGUUAUCUCCAUCCUUAACCUAACCGGACCGAAGUCUUUCUGUGGCACAGGAGUCUUCUCUCUUGAUGACCCUCUGCGAAGUUUCAACGUGACUAAGACAAUAUAAUAGAUGCUUCCAUUGGAAUCAUUCAUCACUUCUCAAACAUGAAAAUAUUAAAAUUCAGAAAUUUGGCAGACACGCAAACGAUUCCCAACGGCCCCUCACCCGCCAAAACAAAACGCAAACGCAGCAGCUGACCUCAAACUCUCUCAAUUAUCUUAAAUAUAAAAACGGCAUUACCUGUUUUUAGAUUCUCUCCUAUAAUCCUAAUAUUAUCCCUCCAUUUUCGUUUUUGGCUGGCAUACCUCUGAUUCAAAAACCACCAUGAGGUUUUGCGUUUCAGGGUUCUUAUCGUUAUUCCUAAUCAUUUCUCCCGUCUCCGCCUGGUUCUUCCCCAACACCACCGCCAUUCCACCCUCUCUACGUAACACCACACGCGUUUUCUGGGACGCCUUCUCCAAUUUCACCGGCUGUCACCACGGCCAAAACGUGGACGGCCUCUUCCGCAUAAAAAAAUACUUCCAACGUUUUGGUUACAUACCCGAAACGUAUUCAGGCAACUUCACAGAUGAUUUCGAUGACAUCUUAAAAAACGCCGUUGAACUUUACCAAAAGAAUUUCCGGUUAAACGUAACCGGAGAGCUCGACGCGUUAACCAUCAAACACAUCGUGGUUCCGCGUUGCGGCAACCCCGACGUGGUCAACGGUACGUCGCUGAUGCACAACGGGAGAAGAAAGACUUUCGAAGUCAACUUCUCCCCCGGCGGCAAGGUACCUCGUUUGCACACGGUCAAACACUACACGCUUUUCCCCGGAGAGCCACGGUGGCCAAGAGACCGCCGCGACUUGACCUACGCCUUCGACCCGAGAAACCCGUUGACCGACGAGGUCAAGGGCGUGUUCGCGCGCGCGUUCGGACGUUGGUCGGAGGUUACGGCUUUAAACUUCACGAACAUCGAGUCUUUCACGACCUCCGACAUCACGAUCGGAUUCUACACCGGCGACCACGGCGACGGGGAGCCUUUCGACGGCGUGUUGGGCACGCUGGCUCACGCUUUCUCGCCUCCGAGCGGGAAGUUCCAUCUCGACGCUGACGAGAACUGGGUUGUCUCCGGAGACCUCGACAGUUUCCUCUCCGUGACGGCGGCGGUUGAUCUUGAGUCGGUGGCGGUUCACGAGAUCGGUCAUCUUCUUGGUUUGGGACAUUCCUCUGUGGAGGAGUCGAUCAUGUAUCCGACGAUCACGACGGGGAAACGUAAAGUUGACUUGACGAGUGAUGACGUGGAAGGGAUCCAGUACUUGUACGGUGCUAAUCCUAAUUUUAACGGCACGUCUCCGCCGGCCGCCACCACUCGGGAACGAGAUACUGGUAGCUUUGGUGCCGCCGCGAGAAUCGACGGUUCAUCGAGUUUAAGUCUUUUCUUAUCAACCGUCGGAUUGUUCUUGUGGUUAUUACCGUAGAUUAAUUAUUUUACUUUUACUUUUACUUCACUUAUUUAGAUUGAUUUUGUUUUUACCUCAUCUCUUUAACCUUUUUAUUACAAAAGAUGGGGAAGUUACACAAAUAUUCAGACAUUGGUUCCUCUAUAGUUUUUCUAUUCACAUAUUUCCUAUCGAUGUUGAUUCUCGUGUGUUAUUGUUUCCUUUGUUUCUGAUUAGUUUUCAUUUACAUAAUAGAAUAGCGUUGAAUUAA